CUUUUAAAUCUCCCCCAACUCUUGCCGAGCCACCACCUUCAUGACAGUGGUCGAUCCCGAUCAUGCGAAGGAGUGCGAUCGAUCUCUUCGCCGCCGGGAAAGGAAAUAAAAGGCAACUCGCCGGAGUGAAGAGCGAGCAAGCAUCGAACAUUGUAACGUCGAUCGAGAAAAUAACGUCCAUGGCUUAGAUUGCGUCCUUUGGCUUUCUUUGUAAGUAGCUCUUUCAGUCAGCAAUAGAAAAGCUGCAACCUUGUGAACAGUAAAAAGGUAGAUUUUCACAGCGGCAGUGAGAUCGAGAGAGAGGAAGAGAAAGCCAGUAUCCGCAAUAAAUGGCAGCUCAGUGUAAAUUCACGACCGCAUAAGCAGCAAGGUGAACAGGGAUCGGAAAGGAAAGCCCGGACCUUUUGGGUGUCAUUCCUCACUCUGUCACAGAAGUUAUGUAGCCUCGAUAUGGAGUGUCAUCUCGGCGACGUUUUCUUUACUUCCCACUUUCAAGUUACAACUCGGGGAGUGCAAGAGAAAGAAAGAGACACCCUCUUGCGUAACCGGUAGCAUCUGCAGCCAGUAGGCCUUCGCUUGUCCUGCCGGAAUACGGAAGAUUUCCAGAGCGGGUAAAUGGGUCGGGCGACGCGGUGGCUACGGAACCUUUGGAGCGGGAAGAAGGAGAGGAAAGAGCCUGGCGACUGCUCCGGCGCCCGUGUCGGAGUUGAGGACAGGAGACAGAAGAAAAGGUGGAGCUUUGCGAAGCAGACCAGGGACACGUCGGAGGUGGUGCUCGGCCAGAACGCCUCGACGGCCGCAGCGGUGGAGGCAACGUGGUUCAGGUCUUUCUACGCCGAGAGUGAGAAUGAGCAGAGCAAGCACGCCAUUGCGGUGGCAGCGGCCACCGCUGCGGCUGCCGAUGCAGCAGUGGCGGCAGCCCAGGCAGCGGUUGCCGUCGUCCGGCUCACCAGCCAGGGAAGGGGUGGCGGCCUUUUCGUCAACGCCCGCGAACGCUCGGCGGUGAAGAUCCAGAGAGCAUUCAGGGGAUACUUGGCAAGGAAAGCACUGAGAGCUCUGAGAGCGCUGGUUAAGCUACAGGCCUUAGUGAGAGGCUAUCUCGUGCGCAAGCAGGCAGCUGCAACUCUUCACAGUAUGCAGGCUCUCAUCAGAGCUCAGGCCUCCGUCAGAGCUCAGCGAACUCGCAAUCGUCUCCGUAACGAUAGAAGGUUUCAACUAGAGCUCCAUCCGCGACGAUCUGUAGAGAAAUUCGAUGAGAUACGGAGCGAGAACAUGACUUCCUUCCACCGCCGGCGUCUCUCAGCCAGCCUCGAUAACGCUUCUAAUGUCUUCGAUUGGAGCCCAAAGGUGGUGGAGAUCGACACCUGCCGCCCCAAAUCGCGAUCUUCUCGCCGGAGUACCAACCCGUCCGUUCUCGACCCCGCCGACGACUGGCACUCGAGUUCCAUCUCCUCCCCGCUGCUCCCGUGCCACAUCCCGGCCCGCGUCGCCAUCCCUGACUGCCGCAACUUCCAGGACAACGACUGGUGCCUCGCGGGAGGAGACAGAUGCCGGCCCGCGACGGCGCAGAGCACACCCCGCUGCUACAUGAACAACAAUACGCCUCCAACUCCGGCAAAAAGCGCGCAGUGGCGAUUCAUGAACGUUCCCUGCUCCCCCAACUACAUGGCCAGCACGCAGUCGUUCGAGGCCAAAUCGAGGUCACAGAGCGCGCCCAAGCAGCGUCCGGAGGCAGCCGCGAUGAGGAAGAGGCUCCCACUGACCGAAAUGAUGCUGGAAUCGAGGGUCAGCUUGAGCGGGAUCGGAAUGCAGAGGUCGUGUGCCCGCGCCCAAGAGACAUUCAAUUUCAAGAGCGCCGUCGUCGGGCGGUUCGACAGGUGCUCUGAGCCGGAAAGGGAGUUCUACGUGCAAAGGAAAUGAUGCAAAACACCAUUAAGAAUUUACGAGAAUUAAGAGAGAGGGAGCUCUUUUGUUUGCUUUCUCUUCGAUCAAAUUUCUUCUGCUGCGGUUCAUUGUAAAUUCCUUGUUCUCAGUUGCAGAUGUUUAAGCUUAACAUUCCAAGCAA